AAGGUCCUAUAAAACAGUAAUUCAGCACGCAUGCAGAAUACUCGUUCUUACUGGCACUACCACUGCAAUUGUCUGAAAAAAAGGCUCCAAUCAGGGUGGACCGAGGCAAAUCGAAGUUUCUCUUAUCUCCCUCUCCCCGAGUGGCAAUCAAGCGCUACUGUCUCUACUUCCUCUAUAUCAACUUAUCAACAUCCUCCACAUCCACCUCUACAACCAUUCCCAACCACCAUUACCACUAACACAACAACCACUCCCCCUUUCUCCCCCCAGACACGCUGUUCAAAAUGAACUACACCACCCCUCCACAGUCCCUCACCACCUCUCCGUCGCUCCCGACGACGAAAACCACCACCCACCGACCAACGCUAUCACUUGACCUCAGCAACCUCCCACCCUUAAGCCAACCCACCACCCCAACCAACACCCUGAUCAUCACCGACCUGAACGACCUCCACCUCUUCGAUCCGCCAUCUCUGGCUGCGCUGCGCAACACGCUGAACAUCCUCGCGCCCCUCAACUCCUUCUCCCCACUCCCCUCGCUCCGCCGCCUCCUCUGCUCCUUCCACACCGACACCGACGCCCUCUACAUCCGCAAACUCCUAUCCGACCAUACCAGCACGGCGCUCAACCCGCUGAAAGCCCACACGGCCACCUACUCCACCAAGGCCCUGCACCCCAAGAUCUACUUCGGCGAGCCCACCCCGAUCCAAACGGGCAUCAACGCCCGCCCGAAACUCCUGUCUGCCCCGCAGGUCGACAAGCUCUUCUUCAUCAGCCCGCCGCCCUCCCCGCCCCACGGCUGGGUCAUGCGCCAGGAAGAUCCGCCCAACAAAGAAGUCCACGCCAGCGAUCUCGCCCAGGCGCUCGCUAAACUCAACACUGAGAUGCAGCACGCCGCCGCUCCUUUCCCCAACACCAACACCUACAAUGGCAAUGGCAACGGCAUUGGCAAUGAGGCUCCCGAAACCCCCAUCUCGACUAUCUCUGACAAGCAGCAGCGCACGGGGAGUUGGCCUGCGAGCACUACGACCACUACUGCCGCACGCCGCAGUCGGAGCAGUACCCUGAUCUACCACCCGGAGGAUCACGGCGGUAGUCCCGGCUUGCCCGCGGUGAUGGUCGAGGAUAUGAGCGAGGAACUCACCGGGGGUCUGCUGGUGGAGGAUGAUGAUGGCGAUGUCGAGAUGACUUGCUCACAAAGUCCCGUCGACGAUGAGGAGAUGGUGUCGAUGUCGGUGAAGCGCAUGCCGCCGAAGACGGCUCGGCCGCCGGUCGAGUUGAUGUGAUUACUUUUUUUGUUUGCUUCUAUCGCCUUUGUUAGGAUCUUGGGCUGUGCUUUUUUGUUGGAAUUCGCUACCAUCAUGAAUGGUGUUGGGGUGGAAUUGGCGUUUUUGUUCUCGGUCUCCUUCUGGACAGGCUUGGCAUUUCUGGCAUACGUACAUAAUCUGCAUUGGGGUUGCGAUGCUUGGGUUCUCUGCUGUUAUUUAUCUCAUUGUUCAUUGCAUUUCUCGUCCAAAGUUAGAUAGUGAGAUUUGCACAAAAUGGACGUUCCAUCGAUACGUUUUACUCUGCUUCGAAAUCACUGAAUGGCGAUCUGCUAGCCAGUUUACCUCGGUUUGGCUUCAGCAAUCCACAGCACUUCUAACCAGAAAUACACGGACUGAUGCAAAAUUAUGGAAACUCU